AUGUCGCACGUGUGUGACAAUAAAGCACCAUUCAUGGUAAAAAGGGACGAGGUUUUGGGACGGUGUGUGGUGGCAACUCGAGACAUUCGAUCAGGGGAGGUUAUAGCCGAGAGUCUUCCUUUGAUUGUGGGACCUAAGAUGGCAAGUCCGCCUUUAUGUCUCGGCUGUCACAAAAAACUAGCCUUAGCUGAGAGCAGGUACGAUUGUAGCAAAUGCUUUUGGCCUCUUUGCGGCCAAGCUUGCGAGAGUUCCCCACUUCAUGAAGCGGAAUGCGAGAUUUUUGCCAAAGCUGGGUACAAACCCACCGUCAAAAAUGAUAAUUCCAAACAGACGGUUUACUGUCCAAUAGCCCCGCUUCGAGCGCUCCUCCUCAAAAAGAACUCGCCUGAGAGGUUUAACCUGCUUUUGGACUUCCAGUCGCACCUCCAAGACCACGAAAAGACUCAAGUCUACCAAGUCCUCAAGAAAAGUCUAGUCCCUUUUUUCACCCAACUCCUCAAACUUGAUACUAACGAGAGUGAAAUUUUGACGAUUUGUUCGAUUUUUGAUACUAACUGUUUCGAGGUCCGGGACACUCAGAGACUGGUUAACAUUCGAGGACUGUACCCUACGAUUUCGUUUCUGUCCCAUAGUUGCAAACAUAACACUAAACAUUGCUUUAACGGUGACAAUUUUCGUCUAGUUCUCACAGCAACGACUCCGAUCAAGAAAGGAGAUUUGGUCACCACGACUUACACUCAGACCCUCUGGGGCACUUUAUCUCGCCGAAGUCACUUGAAAAUGGCCAAGCACUUCGACUGUUUGUGUGAAAGAUGCACAGAUCCGACCGAAUUCGGGACUUACUUGAGUGCAGUCAACUGCUCCGUUUGUGGAGACGGCAGCAAAGUCACAAGUAGUGACCCUUUGAAUUGUGAGGCGGACUGGUUUUGCGAAAAUUGUGGUUUUGCGAUAACUGGAAGCGACAUGCUUUGGGGCAACGAAGUGCUCCAGAAAGAGAUCAACCAUUUGAAUAAAGAUAAUCCAAACAGUUUGGAAGAGUUUUUAGAACGAUACGCCGAAGUCUUGCAUGGUAGGAACUCCUAUUGUUUGCAAGUCAAAUAUGCACUUUGUCAAAUCUACGGAAGUUUGGAUGGGUUUAAGUUCGAAGAGUUGUCUUCCGACUUAAUUGAUCGGAAAAUUGAGCUUUGUAAGGAGUUAUUGGCAGUUGCUGAGGUUUUAGAACCGGGACAGUCGUGGUUUCGGGGGUUACUUUUGUACGAUUUGUUUGAAGCACUUGUGGCAAAAGCUGAACGAAGAGGAGAAGAUAUUGACGAAGAAACUAAGAACUAUUUGACCGAAGCUGCUAAAAUUUUUGAUUCAGAGCCGGAUAUGAGAGAUAAUAUUCAAAAAAAAUUGAUGGACUCGUAGGAGUUUGAACCAAUUUUUUUGUCUGUAUUUUAAGUUUUAUUAUUUUGUAUUUUUUUUUCAUAUGUGUAAUAAAUUUUACCAAUAGUUUUUUCGGUGUUAUGCGCUAUCUUCGAAAUAAA